AGUCUCAUCAAUCUCUGAACUGUUGGUGAUUGCCAUCAGUGUUCCAUGGAGGAUAUGGUGGGGACCAAAGAGAAGCAGAGCAAACCUUACACCAGACCUGGAAUAGGAGAAGAGCCAGAAAGUGGGGGAUUGGAGAAUCUGACCCUGGUUCCUUAAAAAAGUUCCAGAGGAAUCUGUGAAUGUCGAAGAGAAGGAGGAGGUGCUCUGAAAGAACAGCUAACUUGGGCAGCUAUGGGGAGGAAGAAUAAAAUAAUAAAUGAUGAAGGUAUAUCUGUCCAACUUUAUUCACUUUAUUCACAAGAGGAGCUUUGGAUGUGACCAGCUCACAGGUCAGCAGCAUCCCAAGGUCCUCCUUUUUUCAAAAUAGGAGUCAAAUCUCCCUCCAGUUCACCACUGCAGAAGUGUCAUGCAUAGACAUGGCCGAUGAUUACUUCCCACUGCACUGAAUGGUGCUGGGCAGUGUGUGGCUGAAGAAGGACCAUCUCAGUGGUGAGGCUGGAAAUGGACCAUGCAGAUCAGAGGCUCGGAAAAUGGAUGAGGCUUGAGAGGGGAGGUUGAGGGAAUUGUAUUUGGAAAUACAAGCCUGAGUGCAGGCAAUGCAUUUUCUGACACGUGAAAGAUUUCUGUAAAAAGGAUAAUGAUCACUUUUUAGGACCCACUGGGGGGAAAUGCCUUUAUUUCCCUGAAAAGAAUAUUCGAGGUGAGUACAGGGGGAAAAAUUUCUUACUGUGAGGGUAAUGAAGCUAUAGCAAAAGAAAUUGUGACUGUUUCAGGGAAGGAUUUGCCGAGCAGUUAAAGCAUUGCCUGUCACGGACGGUGUGCAUUAAACCUGUCUCCAUGGGAUCCACAUAUAUGAUUUCCCCAAAAGCCAUUCCUCUACCUCCAUGCAAGCACUGGGCCACACUCUGCACAGGUAGAAUGUCCAUUUUCUGUUGCACUACCCAGCUCACCUCUGGCAGAGACCAAAGCCUUGAGGAAGACAUGGGGUUUUUUUAGAGGCAUCUCACUUAAACAUGGCAGUUCUUAUUAAAUGCUUUCCCUCCACACUCUGUUGCUUCCUAUACCCCUCCUCCUCCCCACAAGGUCUGUUUUAUUUAUGCACCCCCCUUGGACUCUCUAUUUCAGUCCCAAGAGGUGCUUUCUGGGGAUGGGGUCAAAACCAGUAGCAGCACUGUGGGCUGUUACAAGGAUUCGGGAUAUAAAUUCAGCUCUCAAUGUGGCCAUGAACACUUCAAGCACAGACGUAGAUCACAAGAAUUUGCUGCUGCCCCGUCCAUAUUUCCUGCCCUCUGACUGUUGCCUUCUGGAGCUGCCUGUUUGGGAUGUUAUGAUAGCAACAGAUGUGAACGUGGUGGAGUCCCUGCGGUCCCCUCCCGACAUCCUCCCUUUUGUUGUGCUGGGUUGUCAUUUUUGUUUGUUUUUGUCUGAAUUAUAAUUGCAAAAGCUGUUACAUUGCUGUUUAUUUGCUGUGUGUCAUCAGUCACUGUUGAUAGUCGCUCCUGUUUGCAUUGCCUCUGCUCUCCCCAUGCUUUGUGCCCACAGACACAGCCCUCCAAGCAUCUCCCAGCCUCUGCUCUGAGCCUGUGGUGCUCUGUGCUCCCACGAGUGCAGGGAGAUGCCAGCUGACAGCGAAGAACCAGGAUUUGGCUUUUUUCUUUUUCUUUUCUUCCUCUCCUGGCAUUUUACAAGGGCCCUCAUUCAAGUGAAUAAAAUCCCUUGGAGACUCCUUCCCCGAGAUCUCCAUGCUUAAUGAGUCUCUCUCAUUUCUGUCAGGUGGUGAGAUCAAUACUCUGCUUUUUUUUCUGGCUUGAAAAUGUCAGGGAAAGUGGGGGGCAGUGAAGGCUCUCAGGGGGCUUUGCUCCCAUUGUCCCUGCCCAGGGUGCUUUGGCAGCAGGGUUAGGAAGAGAGGCUGCACCUUCAUCACCUGUCCAGGGAAUCAUGCAGCUCCUUGAAAUCUGAAAGGCAGCAUCUUGCAAGUCGCUCCAUGUCUUUAUCAAGGAGAAACAGGCGAGUUUUGUGUCAGCUAUAUGGAGCUUUAUUACAGAGCUGUGUGUAGGAGAUUUAAUGGUAGAUCCUGAGUCUGUCUGAGGUUAUUCACCAGUACGGCAGUGUCUGGUAUGAAUCCACUCUGAAAUAACUCCAGGCUUGUGCCUAAGUUAGCAGCAAGUUUUCAGGUACGAAAAUGUCCACUUUGACUCUCUGAGCGUUCUCAGAAGGCCCACGGAAUGGAAAUUUUUACUCUAUUUGUAAGGCAAACCCAUUUAAUUAUCUCCAAUUUAUAAAUCCGUGGUACAAUGCCUGUAAAAUGCUCAUCUCUUAGUGGAUAGUAAUCAGCGUUGGAGGAAAUGGGGGAUGGAUGGUGAGUUUUAAAUGGUGUCGGUUCCAGCAACUUGGGAUAUAUAAUUUAACUCACUUGCAUUUAAUCACCCUUUAAACACUGAAUUGCAGUCUCUGCUGCUUGAUGUGCUGGAUGUCAACAGCUUUUUAAUGCCACUGAGGAGACACUUGAAAUUUCCAUAAGCCCUGGAUGCAGCUGUGUGGCUGUUUGCAGUGUGUGCUGGUGCUGCAGUGGGGUGCAUGGGCUGUGUUCUGCCUCCCCCAGCCCCGAGUUGGGAAGUGUCCAUUGUUUUACCCAUAGUGCCUGCUGUAAAUACCCCAGCACAUUGAACAGCUGCUGGGGGAGUGUGUGGAGGGGGGAGGCAGAUUAUGGCUCUGGGAUCGGUGUGUAACAGCUGAACAUAUUCUGGUAAUUCAGCAGGUCGCAGAAUAAAGCGGAUAAAGCUUUGUGCCUGCUGGGGAGCCCAUUGACUGCAGACACCUCUGCGGGGCUGUCUGAAGGAGCUUUGCUCAGUCUGUGGGUGAUGUGCAUGCAAAAUGCUCCCUUGUCUCUGCAGUGAUGACGUGCAUGGUGUAAAUCUGCAUUUUAUAGGGUUGUGUAUGUGUGUACGUGUAUUGAGAUAUAUGCACGCACGUGUAAUGAAGUCUGCAAGCUUUUUUAAUUAAUGCAGAUGAAUGGGGCAGAUGAGAAGCUCUGCCUGUGUUUCAGAUCCCAUGGGAUUCUGAUCCCUGCCCUUAGCCUGAUGGGCAGCCUGGCUAUGAAACAAUUCUUGCAUUGCUCAUGGCAACUGGUCGAUGGCAUUAGUGGAGGGAGUGAAAUUCAUCCACAAAAAAAUCUGAUGGGAUUUCUAGGCAGGGUGCCCGAGCAGAAAGGGUUAAUGGCAGAGGGGACCCAUGCAAAGCAGAAGAUGGUAGACUUUAUUUGAAAUUGCACAUUGAGCUGGCAUUGCAACAGCCUGUUUUCCUGCAUGGGCAAUAGGUAAAUUUUGUUGUGCCUAGCAGUCAAAUUGUAUAUUCCUAAAUUAGAAGCUGCCACUUCUAUUUAGAGUAAAAUUUGCUUUUCUGUAUAUGCAUGAGAACAUCAGCGUUUAAAGCCUGCCAUGCUCUACCGAGUGUGCACUGGAUUUGCAAAGGAGCCCAUUAGUGCUUGUGGAGGUUAACGAAGGGGGGGGCAGCAGGGAGGAACGUCUUAAUGAGCCGGGUGAAGAGUUGAGGUGAGGACGUGCUGUGCUGGGAGCCUCCUGCUGCUGCGGGAAGGUCCUGGCUGCAGGGCAGCAGACCUGUCUCAUAGGGCUGCUGUCGCUGCGAGGGAGAAGAGGAUACCAAACCACUGCCCUGAAGCUCUCCUGCAGUGCUGGAGGAGGGGAGCUUGAGCGUGGAUGAGGAAAUGAUGGGGGAGCUUUGAUCUGCUCCUGCUACUGGGAGAGAAAGAAGGGCUGCUAUUGGCCUCCGUUCCCUGGGGUUUAGAAGUGAACCAGGGGAGGAGGGUGGUGGAUUUGCAAAGGGCUUCUCUUCGUGCCUGUAAGACUGCCCAAGAAAAGGCUGGGAGAACAGAGGGGGAAAGGAGCACCAAGAGCUGGUCCCUGCCUGUUGUGACCCUAAGGAUGCGUGGCCUGCAUAGAGCUGUGCCUUGGGUCUGUCCCUGCCCUUGGGGCCCAUUGGGAACUGCAGCUCAGCACUGGGACUGCGCUGCCCCAUCACAAGCCAAGCUGGGGCACAAGGGUUCAUUUUUAUUAUUAUUCCUUUCUUUUAGUAUUUUGCUUCCAGAGAUGGGUCAGAAUUGGCAGGCACCAGGAGACAGCACUGCGUUGGCUCUGAGACUUUGGUCUCUAGUAUUAGGGAUGGUGCCUGGAAUCUCUCUGGAAAUAUUUGGAUUUGGGGCCAAAGGGCUGAAAGUGAAAUACAUACACUGUUUUGUCUGUGCAUUUACAGCUCUUCAGAUUGUUGUUCUUCUUUUAAAAUUGGUAUUAUUUUGAAGAAAGAGCACUGCCAUGGCAGGAAGAGCUAGAGGAAUCAUUAGGAAUUUAUUCUGUGAGUGUCACCUCGUUUCACCUUAUUAAAGUAAUGGUGGAGAGCUCAUUUCCUUGGAUUUAUUUACUGCUCAGAAUUAUUCAGGGCAUAAAUUUAUAAUAUAUAUAUAUAUGCUCAUGAAAGCCUUGAAUUGAGUUUAAAAAACAAAAACAAAGGAAAAUAAAGGAUUUAGCUUACUUAGCACCUCCUACCCCCGGUAGUUAAAGCAAAGGCAAAUGCUGAAGGGUUUUUUGCUCUAGGAUUUUCUAAUGUAAAUGCUUUUUUUUUUUUUUAUUUCUUAGGCAAAAAUGAUGAUCUAAAAGCCUUUUACUUAAUAAAAGUGCGUAUUUCUACUUAAUCUCAUGACUCCAGGAGCUGAAUUUUUUUUAGAGAACCAGCAGAUAUGUGGGAAAAUCACCAGUCUUGGCAGCACUGAAGUCGUUAAGGAGAUGUUCAGUGCUGUAUUUGCUCAGAACCGAGUGUUGAGAUUGGAUAACUUGCAGCAGGCUGUCUUGCUUAACAGCAUGGCUAUAUUAAAGCUCCUAGCACACGUGCAGAUGAUUGUAUUUUGAAGUUUAUUUUCUGCCACAGCUGAUAAAACUUUAUUUGCUGCAAUUAUUGAUUUUUUAAAGGCAAAAUCAUGAGGAAGUGCAAGUAGCUUCUUUGUAGAAGCAUGGAUUUUGCUCUUUGCCAAGCUGCUGUUGUAAAAGCCGUAGAUGAAAGCACCUGGAGAUGUGCUCUGAGCCUUUCCCAUUCAAGGUGCUUCCUUUACGGAUUGCAAAGCCAGGUGGGUCCUUCCCCAUUGUUGGAUACUUGUGUGUUUAUUGUGUGUUUUGUUCCCUUAGCUAGAAAUCUUACUCCUUGAAUGCAUCAUAUUCAUCUGGCUUGAAGACUUAAAACUCACUUAUAAAAAUAUUUAGAGCGUAAGAAGAGAACAAACAGUUUUUGCCUGGUAGAAAGUGCAGCUUUCAUUUUUCUGGUAGCCCAGAGAGCCAAUCAGAUGGGUGCCCUUUGCAGCAUCCUUCCAGGCUAAGGCUUUUUAAAAGGUAUUUCAAGCCAAAGGCUUUUUUGUUUGUUUGUUUUUGAGAAUGUUAUAAGCCACGGAAAAGAAGUGUUUAUAAAGAAAGGGCUUCAACCAUAAUCACUGUAUGCUCUUAUAGCAAAGCCAGUCUGGCUUUGAUCUCUCUUUCAGUCUUAAGAAACUGAAAACUCAGCCCUGACAAGAGGUAUACUCUCAAGAAUGGUGUUUGUUUUAUCAAGUAAAGUGCUUUAUCAGGAGGAGUGGCACAGCUGCCCAGGAGGUGGUGAAGUCACCGUCCCUGGAGGUGUUCAAGAGCCAUGGAGAUGUGGCACUGAGGGAUGUGGUUAGUGGGCAUGGGGGGGUGGGUUGGGGUUGGGCUUGGUGAUCUUAGAGCUCUUUUCCAACCUUAAUGAUCCUAUGAGGUACAGUGAAGGCAGCAGAACAAAUCUUUUCCCCUUUGCAUCACAUAUUUUGAUUUUUUGCCUAAACACCUUCAAUGUAUUGGCUAUGAAAGCACACAGGUGGCUUAUUUAUUUCAUGACAGUGUUUGACUGUCAGGAGUUUAUUUCACCAUGCCUCUUCUUUCCCUCAAAGCUUUAGUAGUACUGUGCAGGACUUAUCCGCAGCCAAAUUUACUCCUUGAGCAGUUUAACCUGUACUAAAUGUCAAAGGAAAAUGAGGUGGCCUGAUAUCAUAGCUUCUGUGAGCUCUGGGAAAGACCUGGAGACAGGGGAGUGAGGUGUUUGUGUUAGACCCCAGUGGCUUCUGCCUGGGUAUGGGUACUGGAAGCACUGCUCCCCUCCUACCAGGCUGUGCUGUGGCUGCUCCUGCUCCUCCCAGCUCUAUUAAAGGAGCAUGUUUGCAGAUUGGAAGACCUGGUUCAUGCACAUGCAGGAGCCCUGGCCCAGACCAGGCUGUCUGGCCAAGCUGGCACCGGUGUCUUGCAUCGACAGAAUGUGUGUGGGAAGUUGGCUGAUUUAGGAAUUUUCACAUGAGGUGCGAUACAGACACAUAGUGGGCAUCCUGCUGUCAAAUGGGCAGCAAGAGGAAUGGGUUUUCUUGCUGAAGUGCGAGGGACAGAAGGAAGCUAUAUGGAAAUUGGAUCUGUUUCUGGUGCAAGAUUCCUGGCAGCCUUCAGCCUUGGGGAAGCAGUAGUCCCUGAACCAAAUGUGCUCUUACAGCCACAGGGAAGCAGCACGCUGCUCUCGUCCUUCUGCCCAUUUCCCUUUCUGAUCUGUGAGAUUUCAUGUCUUGGCUCCUGCAGCUUUGAUUACAUUGCUGUCACUGUUUGGAUGCUGGAAGAGACUUUUCUGACAGUCACUUGGGACCUGUUCCUUAUUUGCCUAAGUUCUGGGUUUACAGUAAUGCAAGCAAUGUGAAACUGUUUAGCAGCUCUAAUAGAGGUCAAGGCCCUGUUGUCUUAGGUAUUGUAAAAAUGCCUUGUAAAACCCUCAGCAUUAUCCAAAUAUUUUAUGGGCAGGACAAGUAAAAGAAGGAAUAAGCCAGGCAUUUCCAGCUGCUGUUUAUAGGUGGGAAACUGAGGCACUACUGAACACACAGGUGUAUUGUACCAGUGCCAGGAUUGGGACCCUCACCUCCUGAGUUUUACUCCUUAAGAUUUUUGUUCGCUUGAGUUGAUUUAGGGGCAGUUGUUGAAACAAGCUAUUGUUGUGUGCAACUUGUUCACAGCUUUAUUCCCUUUUAAGUUUAAAUGCUUUGAAACGGAUCCAGGAUAAAGCUCAUCCACUGCUGGUGCAGGGACAACUCUAAUCUGCUUUCAGGGAAGCUUUUUUCCCCUUGAAACCUGGCUGGUGAGGAAUUUGGAGCAUGCUCAGUGUCCUGCACACAGGUAUGAGCAGAGGAGUGCCUGUGGUCCCACCCUCCUCCAGCAGCAUGUCUGUCUGUCUGGGGAUUCCAAAAUGGAAUGAGUGAGUGGGAAAGAAGGCAGGAAGCAGACUGAACAAAGACCUGAGACAUUAUCUCAACCAGAGGUUUCAGAAAGGAUCGCCGGAUCACGAUCUACAACAGACUAUUAGAGAUAACCUUUAUCGCCAUGCUGUGCCUUGCACAACCCGCCCUCCGAGAGAAGGAGAAGUGCCUGGUGUGGACUAUAACUUUCUGACUGUGGAGGAGUUUCUGGAGUUGGAGCGAAGUGGGACCCUUCUGGAAGUAGGAACCUAUGAAGGUAACUAUUAUGGAACGCCCAAGCCUCCCAGCCAGCCCCUCAGUGGGAAAGUGACUUCCACCGAUGCUCUGCAAAACCUGCAGUCUGGCUCCAAGCAGUCAACUCCAAAGCGAACCAAGUCUUACAAUGAUAUGCAAAAUGCUGGCAUAGUGCACACAGAGAAUGAGGAAGAGGAUGAUGCACCUGAAAUGAGCAGUAGCUUCACAGAGUCUGGUGACCAAGACGAGCAUCACACGCAUAUCGUCAGAGAGACAGCCCCACCGUCUGCGAUUGAUAGCCACACCAAUCUUCCCACCACGGAACCAUCUCAGAGCCUCCCUCAAUACCUACCUCCUUCUGCCGAGGAUAACCUAGGUCCUCUGCCAGAAAACUGGGAGAUGGCCUACACCGAGAACGGAGAAGUCUAUUUUAUAGACCAUAAUACAAAAACAACGUCUUGGCUAGAUCCACGGUGCCUGAGCAAACAGCAGAAGCCUCUAGAAGAAUGUGAAGAUGAUGAAGAAGGGGUACACACGGAGGAACUGGACAGUGAACUAGAGUUGCCUGCUGGUUGGGAGAAAAUUGAGGAUCCCGUAUAUGGUGUCUACUAUGUAGACCACAUCAACCGGAAGACACAAUAUGAGAACCCGGUUCUUGAAGCAAAGAGGAAGAAGCAGCUUGAACAACAGCAGCAGCAGCCACCAGAAGAAUGGACAGAGGAGUGUCCAUCUCUCCCACCACCCGCUGCUCCGAACCUUGUUUCAAACAACCAAGAGGCAGUUCGGGAAGCACCAGUGCAAGGGAAACCUUUUUUUACAAGAAACCCUUCUGAGUUGAAAGGGAAGUUCAUCCACACCAAGCUAAGGAAAAGCAGCAGGGGGUUCGGCUUCACCGUCGUCGGAGGAGAUGAGCCGGAUGAAUUUCUGCAGAUCAAAAGUUUGGUGCUUGACGGCCCCGCGGCACUGGACGGCAAAAUGGAGACAGGGGACGUCAUAGUCAGCGUGAACGACACCUGCGUGUUGGGGCACACUCACGCCCAAGUUGUGAAAAUCUUCCAGUCCAUCCCCAUUGGUGCCAGCGUGGACCUCGAACUGUGCCGAGGCUACCCCCUGCCCUUCGAUCCCGACGACCCCAACACAAGCCUGGUGACGUCCGUGGCAAUUUUGGACAAAGAGCCGAUCAUUGUGAACGGGCAGGAAAAUUAUGACUCCCCGGCCAGCCACAGUAGUAAAACAGGGAAAGUCAAUGGCACAAAGGAAGCGAGACCCAGCAGCCCAGCUGAGGUCUCCUCCAACGGACCCCAUGGGUACCCCAAUGACACAGUCUCUUUGGCGUCUUCAAUAGCAACACAACCUGAACUGAUAACCGUGCAUAUAGUGAAAGGGCCCAUGGGCUUUGGCUUUACUAUAGCAGACAGUCCCGGUGGGGGUGGCCAAAGGGUGAAACAAAUUGUGGACAGCCCACGAUGCCGAGGCCUGAAGGAGGGUGACCUUAUAGUUGAAGUCAACAAGAAGAAUGUGCAGAGCCUCACUCACAACCAGGUGGUGGAUAUGCUGAUUGAAUGUCCCAAGGGAAGCGAGGUCACGUUGCUGGUGCAGCGAGGAGGACUGCCGGUCCCAAAGAAGAGCCCAAAGUCGCAACCACUUGAAAGGAAAGACAGCCAAAACAGUUCUCAGCACAGCGUCUCCAGCCACCGCAGCGGGCACACCGCGUCCCCCGCUCACAGCACGCAGGUGCUGCCGGAGUACCCCGCCGCCGAGCCGCCGGCUGCCGACCAACCCGACGCUUCUGGGCAGAAAAAGCCAGAUCCAUUCAAAAUCUGGGCCCAGUCCAGGAGCAUGUAUGAAAGCCGACCUAUGUCACCUUCGCCUGCAACUGGACUGAGCAAGGGUGAGAGAGAGAGAGAAAUCAAUUCCACGAGUUUUGGAGAAUUUCCAGAUUACCAAGAGCAGGAUAUCUUUCUAUGGAGAAAGGAAACCGGUUUUGGAUUUAGGAUUCUGGGUGGAAAUGAGCCUGGAGAACCUAUUUACAUCGGUCACAUUGUACCGUUGGGUGCUGCUGAUGCUGACGGCCGCCUGAGGUCGGGUGAUGAGCUGAUCUGCGUGGAUGGGACGCCAGUGGUCGGGAAAUCACACCAGCUUGUUGUCCAGCUUAUGCAACAGGCGGCCAAGCAAGGCCACGUCAAUCUGACCGUCAGGCGCAAAGUAGUUUACACAGUCCCCAAGGCAGAAAACGAAGUCCCAUCCCCAGCCUCUUCCCACCACAGCAGCAACCAGCCGGCCUCGCUGACAGAGGAGAAGCGAACGCCGCAGGGCAGCCAGAACUCCCUCAACACCGUCAGCUCGGGCAGCGGCAGCACCAGCGGCAUCGGCAGCGGUGGGGGAGGCGGCAGCGGCGUGGUCAGCACCGUGGUGCAGCCCUAUGAUGUGGAAAUCCGCCGUGGUGAGAACGAGGGCUUCGGCUUCGUCAUCGUCUCGUCGGUGAGCAGACCGGAGGCAGGGACGACGUUCGCGGGAAAUGCAUGUGUGGCCAUGCCUCACAAAAUAGGUCGGAUUAUUGAAGGGAGUCCCGCAGACCGCUGUGGCAAGCUGAAAGUAGGCGAUCGCAUCUUGGCCGUCAAUGGGUGCUCCAUCACCAACAAGUCGCAUUCAGACAUCGUCAACCUCAUUAAGGAAGCGGGAAACACCGUUACUCUGCGCAUCAUUCCAGGAGACGAAUCCUCCAAUGCUACUUUAUUGACCAAUGCAGAAAAAAUUGCUACAAUUACAACCACACAUACUCCUCAGCAAAUACCACAGGAGACCAGCAGGAACAACACAAAACCAAAGCAGGAAUCCCAGUUUGAUUUCAAACCACCCCAAGCAGCACAGCAGGACCAGGAUUUUUACACUGUUGAGCUGGAAAGAGGAGCCAAAGGGUUUGGCUUCAGCCUGCGAGGUGGCCGGGAGUAUAAUAUGGAUCUGUACGUGCUGCGGCUAGCUGAGGAUGGGCCAGCUGAGAGAUGUGGGAAGAUGAGGAUUGGUGAUGAAAUCCUAGAGAUCAACGGGGAAACUACCAAGAACAUGAAGCAUGCUCGGGCCAUCGAACUGAUUAAAAAUGGUGGCCGCAGGGUCCGCCUGUUUCUGAAACGUGGAGAUGGCUCUGUCCCAGAAUAUGACCCCAGCAGUGACAGGAACAGUCCCGCCACAGGUUCACAAAAUGUAUCGGAAAUGAAACCCGUGCCAUCUGACCGACGGCAGCACCCAUCAUUGGAGUCCAGUUAUCCACCAGACCUUCACAAAUCAUCACAACAUGGGGACAAGCGGACUUACGUUAGAGACCUAAAAGGCAGCAGAGAGGUUAGCAGACAUCCCAACGAACACCACACUUGGAACGGGACUUGUAAAGCCAACGACACCGUGCCAGGCAGGAGGACAGAGCGGUCACCGGAGAGGAGACGCGAGAGGCAGCCGGAGAGGGCGGCGGUGAAUGGGCAGAAGAGGAGGUCACCCGAAAAGCAGCGCAGGGAAGGGACGAGGAGUGCCGACAACACCCUGGAGAGACGGGAGCGGCACGAGAGGAGGAGAGACCUCUCCCCAGAGAGACGCAGGGAGCGGUCACCCGGCCGGCGCCGGCGCUCGCUGGAGAGACUCACAGAGCCCAGGAGGUCACCAGAGCGGAGAAGGGAGAACUCCUUGGAUCGGCGAGCCAAGUCAUCCGACCGGCGGAGAGAGCGGUCGCCCGAGCGGCGGCUCAGGGAAGAGCGGGCCGGCCACCGGCAAAGGGAAGAUGCCAGCUGGAAGCAGGAGGCGAGCCGCCGGCACCCAACCGAGCAGCGCAGGCGGCCCUACAAGGAGUGCAGCACCGACCUCAGCAUCUGAGGGGUCCCCGCCACCUUCCCUGCGCCGCGGGAGCUGGAACCACCCAGGCUCCACAAGGCGAGGAGGCACCCGUUGGUCCUACAAACCUUUUAUGCAGAUGAAAUCUUAUAAGGAAAAAAACAUUUAAAAAAAAAAGUGUUGUGCCUGAUGUACAAUAUUAAAGAAAGUAUUUUUCAAUGUAUUCUUUUUUUUUUUUUUUAAUUACUUGCCAAAUGUUGGUCCUAAAGGAUUAUAAGGUUUUGUUUCUACAUUCUUUGUAGAUUUCUUAAGAGUAAUUCCUUUAUCAGGCUACUUUCCCCCCUCCCCAGUAUAGUAAAUGGGGGUAGCCAGUAAUAUAACAUAGGUAAAGGAUUUUAUGACCAAGUUGGAAUAAUUUGAUCCAGACUGUUCUCUAGUGACUCACUGCUACACUGUAUGUAGAAAAUUUUUUAAGGGUUGGGGGUGGGGAAGGAAGAAAAUUGUUCAUCUCAGUAGGAAUGGAGCGCUCCUGCUGAAGGAAUUAAAAAGAAAGAGAAAAUGUUCCUAAAAUUGCAAGAACUGUUUGAAGAGACUACUGUUUCAAUGAAGGAUAUUUAUAAUAAUAAAUAAUAAUAAAUAAUAAUUAAAAAAAAAAAGAAAAAACCCACACAGCACAAGGUGAUUUGCUCUAAGGAAUAUUUAGUUUGUUCCAUGAACAGUUUAUACUUUCAGGCCCCCUCUACAGGAUGCGCAAAGGCAGAAAGACUGGUAACCACCAUGCCUGUGUCACACACUAACGUAGACUGUUGAUCUCUCAUUAGCCUCAGCAACACUUAACAAUAUUUCAUUAAGGCAGCCACCACAGCCCUCCUCAUCUUCUAGGUGUUUAUGGACAGCAACCCGAACGUGCAUGGUAUUGUGUGUCUGCUUUGGAGCAAGGGAAGGGAGCGGGAUCCCGGGAAGGCGGUGCGGUGGGGAGUCCUCCCUUGGAGCAGGUAUAUUCCUUCUGCUCGGGCAAAACCAGUGGGCUCUUCUUAUUUAGCCAAAUUCAGACAAACUCUCUCUUCUUCUCGCUCUGUAUUUAAGUUUUUAUUUACCGAUUCAUCCUUACUGAGACAAAAGGUGUGCACUUGCUGAAAAAAAAAAGAAA